CCCCAACAACUAUUAAUAACUUAUAUAUCUUAAUUACUUAAAUAAUUAAAGAUAUAAAAGAUAUCUUAAUUACUUAAAUAAUUAUACUUCAUAGAUCAAGAAACCCUGAUGGAAAAUUGUAUCUUAAGGACUAAAUAAGGUGCGUUAUGUGCCAACUGUCGAUUAAAUAUACUUGGCCCGCUACUUGGCCAGAAACAUGAAAACAAGGUGAUGUUUGUCCAGCUCAAACAGCGACAAUCUUCUGGCGGAUUGGGAUGCUCGGGUGGGAUCUCAGGUGCUAUAUAAGCCGGGAAGAGCGACUACCCAGACACAGUUUCCGAGCCAUCCGAUCCGAUCCGAUCCACUCCUCUCAAGAUGCGAUUCCUCUGCGUAGCGACCCUCGCCUGCCUGGUGGCUCUUUCCGCCUCGGCAUCUACUCCCGCCAGCACUCCCGCCGCCAGUACUCCCCCUACCAGUACCCCCGCGGCCAGCACCCCUGCUGCCAGCUCCCCGGCCAGCUCUUCCACUCCAGCAGCCAGCUCCUCCACCACUCCCACCUCCUCAAACUCCACAUCCACCGACUCCACCACCACUGAGGCCUCCGCUACAACCACCACCACCACCGCCGCCGCCGCCCACAAGAAGAAGAACAUCCGCCACUGGAAGGUCCACCGCCACGAGAGUGCCAAGGUCCGAAGGGAGAGGAGGCAUCGCAGGAGGAACAGGGAGCAGUCCGGAUCCGACAGGAAGCGCCGUCUGCGCCGCAACUAGAUGUGGAGGCUCCACCCCCAGACCCCAACCCACCUACUGACCAUUCUGUUCAACACACUUCCUCCUAGAAUAAGAGUUUCCAAUAUCUAAAUAAAUAAUAUAUGAAUAAGGUUGCACUAAAAAUGAGGAUCCCCAUCAGACUUACUUGAGGAACGACCUUUAGGGAUAUUCUCUAUGAUUUUUAGCCUGGAGUAAGCCUUCCUAAGCCUAGUACUCAUAGGGGCCUUCUUUGGGACUCUUUCAUAGGGUGUUGUGCAAGGAGUUCUUGAGGAAUUUCAGGAAGAUCCUUUUAAACUCUUCAUAUAUUUUUGAGAAUGGAAUAGCAAUAAUGAAUCAGGGGUUCAUCCCAUCAGCAGAUGUGAAGGAUGGAACAGGAAGAGUAUCAAAG